AUGACGAGCGAAGACGACCCGACGAGCAUCCCGAAGUCAUCGUACGUCGCGGUGCGUCUCCGGCCCAUCUCCGAGAAGGAGCUCCAAGAAGGCCAGCGGAGCUGCUGCCACGUUGCCAACGACCAGACCGUCGUCAUCGAGAAGGAGGCUGCGCGAGUCGGUUAUCUCAAGAGCCAGAAAGGGUCGUCCAACGAAUAUGCAUACGACAUUGCGUUCUCGGAAGAGGCUACGCAGGACGAAGUGUACGAGCGGACAGUCAAGAACAUCAUCCCGACAAUCCUGGACGGCUACAACGCGACCAUCUUUGCGUAUGGAGCGACAGGCGCUGGAAAGACGCACACGAUGAUGGGCUCUGAGCGCGAUGGACACUCGUUGGACGAGCUCACGGAGAACGACUUCGACGACGAUGGGCAGCCGGAAUCACUGCCUGUCGAUGGCAUCAUUCCGCAGUCGCUUUCUGAUAUAUUUCGACUGAUUCGUCUCCGCGAGAAAGAAGAGAAGAUUGUCCAGGAGACGGAGGGUCGCGCGUCCGAGUGGAUGGUCACCGUGUCGUAUUUGGAGGUCUACAACGAGACCAUCUGCGACCUUAUUGACCCAAAGGGUGUCAACCUGCAGCUGCGAGAGCACACGACCAUAGGCGCUGUUCAUGUGAGCGGCCUCGCGCACCGCCAAGUCCGAAGCGCUGUCGAGGUGCUCAACAUUCUUCGCCAGGGCAACAAGAACCGACGCACCGAGUCGACCGUUGCGAAUGCAGUGUCGUCGCGGUCGCACGCGGUGCUGCAAGUCACUGUCAAGCACAAGACCGUCGACCUCAUGCGGAAGAGCAGUCCCAACACCGAAAUGACAUGCGCCAAGUUAUCGCUCAUCGAUCUCGCGGGCUCCGAGCGAGCGUGCAAGACCGAAAACUCGGGUGCGCGCUUGACGGAAGGUGCCAACAUCAACAAGUCACUCUUGGCCCUCGCCAAUGCUAUCAACGCGCUCUCUUCGACGCCUGCGAUGCGUCGGCGUCGCGCAAAGUACCGCGACAGCAAGCUCACCCACUUGCUCAAAAGCUCGCUCGAAGGCGACUGCCGCUUGAUUAUGAUCGCAAAUAUCAACCCGUCGCACAAAUCGUUCGACGAGAGCCACAACACGCUCAAGUAUGCAAACCGCGCCAAAAACAUCAAAAUCCGCCCAAAAAUGCACGUUGUGACGGCGGCCAUGACGCACAUUCAGCGCGCGGAGAAGCUCGAGGAAGAGAACGCGUCCUUGCGCCGUGAGCUCGCCGAGGUGCGUACGAAGCGCAAGAGUAUCGACGCGGCGAUGUUCUCAAGCCAGCACUUGGCUGACGCCAAGCGUGCGAAGCUCAGCCUCAAGGCGGCCGACGCACCGCAGCUUCACUCACUUCACCGAACGAUCGAGAAGCUCGAGAACGAAAAGAAGGCAUUGCAAGACAAAGUUCAGGACAUGGAGAGGGAGCUAAGUCGCAUGCGCACGCUCCGUAUCCAGCCGACGACCCCGCGCCAGGCAACGACGCCUCGAGCGACCUCGACCCCGCGCCAAGCCAUGACCCCGCGCUCCAUCACCAAAGCUCCUCCAUCCAUCACCAAAGCUCCUCCAUCCGCCACCAAGGCCCCACCUUCGGUUACCAAGUCGGUGGCCACGCCUGCCAAGUCUCCGUCACGCAACCAAGCGCGCGAGGCAGCGCCCGCCAAGACCGCGCGUGGAGGGUCACUCUUGCCCCAACGCCGCCUGUCGUCUCAUCCGGUCGUGUUCCGCGCUGCGACACCAACGCCAGCGACGCCGGCGCGCAACGUCGGCCGCACGCGUCGCGAGAGCUUGAUUCCGCGCAUGUCGACCUCGUCCAAAGUGUUGUAG